GGCGCGCCCCCGACUCCCUGCGUAUAUACGCAGGUGCGCCGCACCUGUCUACCGCACCUGGCGGCUCACCGCCCAGCAUCUUCCCUCGCCCCCCGCAGUCUCUUGCUAACUGGCCAGGUCACCUCUGAGGACUGAGCCCAGACGGGGUAGCGAACUGCCUGGCCUUCGGGGACGGCUUUUGUCUGAAACCAGUAGUUCGGGCGCAGCCUGUCUGUCUGCUUUGAAACCGUCGCUUCACCGGAGGGGUCGAUUUGUGUUUACUUCAAGUGACAAGAAGAUUCACAAUCACUCAGCAAAAAACUUUGUUGUCUCUUUGGAGGACGUAAAACUUCACCUUCGUUGUCUUUUGUGUGGCUGCCGCCCACACUUUGUUUUGCGGUCGGGUCGCCUGCUCCGCGUCCAGUCUUUUCCGAGGGCGGAAAUGGCCAAUUCGGGCCUGCAGCUGCUGGGCUUUUCCCUGGCGAUGCUGGGUUGGGUGGCCCUGGUGGUGAGCACUGCCAUCCCGCAGUGGCAGGUGAGCUCGUACGCGGGCGACAACAUCAUCACGGCCCAGGCCAUGUACAAGGGGCUAUGGAUGGAGUGCGUCACGCAGAGCACCGGGUUGAUGAACUGCAAAAAGUACGAGUCGGUGCUCGCCCUGCCGGCGACAACACAAGCCACUCGAGCCCUAAUGGUGUUGUCCUUGGUCCUGGGCUUCCUGGCCAUGUUUGCGGCCACCGUGGGUAUGAAGUGCACCCGCUGUGGGGGAGAUGACAAAUUGAAGAAGGCCCGUAUAGCCAUGUCUGGAGGCAUCGUUUUCAUCGUGGCAGGUCUUGCCUCCUUGAUAGCAUGUGCCUGGUGUACUCAUCAGAUUGUCACAGACUUUUAUAACCCUUAUACUCCUGUGAAUGCUAAGUACGAGUUUGGAUCUGCUCUCUUUAUUGGCUGGGCAGGGACUGCCCUGGCAUUGCUGGGAGGCGGGCUGCUCUCCUGCUCCUGUCCUAUACGUGAGAGCAAAGCUUCCUACCGUGCUCCCCAGACCUACCCCAAGUCCGCCUCUGCCAAGGAGUAUGUGUGAGCUGGGGUUCCCAGGCUCCAGCCUGACAGGCUGUGGGUGUGCCUAGAUGCCCUCUAGAACCUGGAGUAGAGGGCUCCGCCUGUGGGCAGGGUGUGGGACAAAGGGCUCCUACUCAGUCCAUCCCUGCACACCAUGUAUAGUUGAGGGGGAAGGGGGGGUGGCAAAAGGGAGGGUGUGCUUUUUGUACAGUAAUAAAAAAUGUUUUGGAAAAUAG